UCCCUCAGUUUGUCCCGCGCAGUGGGAGGCGGCCCUCUCUCUCCCACCAGACUGUCUCUCUCACACUCUCAGCUCAGACUGCCGUGUCAGUGUCAGUAUCGUUACUACGUGCGUCGUGUAGCGUAGUGAGAGCGUGGCUUACAGUGUAGUAGUUCGUGUGGGGCCCCGCGUGCUUGUGUUUAAUGGGCAGCAAGUCUACGCCACCCGCUCUUGUGUCCAAAAUCAAACAAGAAGCGCACGAUGAUGAGAUAAAGGAGUACGCAGAGACAGCCAUGAACGAGUUGCUGGGAUGGUACGGAUAUGGGAAGGUCGAUAGUCGAGAUACCCAAGGACUAAAGCUCCAGCACUUCGCCAGCAGUAAUCGCACCAUGGGCCAUGGGUCACCUCCUUCACCCUCUGAUAGCUCAAGCGACGGUGAAGGAGAUGGUGAAGGACUUAGGGUCAGUCCCCACUGCUCCCCCUCGUCUUCUCCCCCACCAGUGGCAGUGCCGGCAGGAUGUCUGUCAUGUGCCUGGUGCCGUAAAGUGGGUCCUGCCAAACAGUUCGCCUUCAAGACUUCCACUCCACGGGGAUCCAAGGCAUUCUGCUCGGAGGUCUGCUUCACCCAGUGUCGCCGUGCCAGCUUCAAGCGUAACAAGACAUGCGACUGGUGUCGACAUGUCCGCCACACCGUCAACUAUGUGGACUUCCAAGAUGGCGACCAUCAGCUACAGUUCUGUAGUGACAAAUGUCUGAAUCAGUACAAAAUGAACAUCUUCUGCAAGGAGACUCAGGCUCAUCUUCAGCUCCAUCCCCACCCUGCAGGUACCAGUACAGCAGUGGCCAACUCAGGGGCAGUGGGGCCAUCAGGGGGCGGAGCAGGGGUCCCCAACUCUACUCUCAUCACUCCUGAGCUUUGGAUGCGAGACUGCCGUUCUGAGUCCCCUGACUCCACCAAGUCUCGGUCUCCUGAAAGAAUUCCUUCUCCCAUCAUAGAGAUAACAACCCCCACCAAAGUAUCACCUCCCUCUUCUCCAUCUCCGGAAAAAGACCUCAAACCAACAAAUCUGACUGUUUCUCUCCGAAAUCUGCACUUGUUACUACACCUCAGAAAACUUCAAGAAAAGAAAAUGGUUUUAAAUCGAGAAGGAUUGUGCGAAACAAGAUCUUUGAGAGUUUCAGCUCCUAUAGUCACACCUCAAGUAGAAGUCAACACAAAUUCCUCCUCACCGAGGAGCACAAACAGUGGGUCACCUCCAAAAAAUCCUCCUCCACCCCUGAUACCUCCCCUUCCUCCAUACCCACUCCCUCCCAACCCGAUGCUCCCACCUGACCAUCCUCUUCACCGACCUCCAUUCCUCAACCCAGGAUUCUUCCCUCCUCCCCACGUGCUCGCAGAAUUUGCUGCUAGGUUUCCCAUGCCCAGACACCCGAUCAGGAAACCCACACCUACAAAUAAUCUACCUCCCUUACUACCUCUCAAUCGUAGCUUUCCCCCACCACUGAACUUUCCUGGGCCCCCUCAGCCACCACCACCGUUACCCCAGUCACUUCUCCCUCCACCGACAUUGAUGGUGCCAUACCCAGUUCUCGUACCCAUUCCUAUCCCUAUUCCUAUUCUCAUACCUAUUCCACCCGACUUCAAGUUGAAAGAAGAGAAGAGCCCAACCGAUGAAGACUCAACUACAAGUAGUGCUGCAGCUCCCAAUAUCAAACAAGAACCUGAAAGUCCUCCAUCCCAAUCCCCUCCCCUCUCCACACCCCCCAGGAAGCGCAAGAGGCCUGACCUCUCUUCUGAGGAUGAUAUCAUCAGGAAGCAGAAAUUUGUUCCUGCCUGAUAUUUAUGGUACUAAUCUUCUUCAGCUCCUCAACUUCACUGUAAAUUCCUUGAACAUUAUCUGAAUAAAUGUUAGAAAAGGUAUUACUAUCAAAACAUGUUCCGAUAUCAUAGUAAAAAUAAUUAUGUUGAACCCUAAUUAAACAAAAUAUUCAAAUCGGCAUAAAGAAGUAAUUGUUAUAAGGUACUUAAACGUUGAAGUCUCAUUUUGUACAAAAUAGUACACGUGUGCAGUCAAUAUUAUUUUUCAAAAAAUGUAAUUGUUAAUUUUACAAUUGAAAACAAUGUUAUAUGUUGUGUUAUUAUUUAUAGUGUAACAAUUAAUUUUCAUCUAUUUAACUUUUGAAUUCUACAAUUAACAAGUAAAGUUUUGACAAAAUAAUGAAUUUACCCUUAUAGAACAAUUGAUAAUAUUUGGGUACUAACAAGAUCCAAGGUUUAAAGGGAGUUGUAUUAUCAUAUUUACCAAAAAUGAAAUAUUUUUCAACUAAAACAUCACAUUAAUUCUUGAUGUCCACUCUAAAUUGUGUUUCAAAUUUAUAAACACAACCUAAUUUAACGUGUAAAAACUCAGUAUGAUCUUUUAACUGAAAUUGUUAUUACUAAUUUAUAACAAUAUAAUAAUGAUUUUUAUUUUAAAAUAAAUAAUUUAAGUUGUUAUCUUUAUUAUUGUAUUGAAUUUCAUAAAUUUAAAUGGUAUUUUCCUGUACUAUUUAUUGUUACAAACUUGUCAAACCUUAAAAUGCUAAUUUAUUAAAUAAAUUAAAUAAUUUACAGUGUCAUAUUACCUCUUUUAGUCUUAAAGGUUUUAUAUAUGACAUAUUAACAGAUAAACGUCAUAUUUUCAAUUAUAUAUUUAGAUUAUAUAAAUUGUUUAGCUAUUAUAUACAUAUAUAUUGUUUGUUUGUAAAAAACUGUCAGAGUACGAUUUUGUUAUUUAUUUUUAAGAUUAUUAAGUAUUUAAAUCAGUCGUGGUAAUCACAGUUGUCUUAAGGAUUACAAACAUAAUAAUUUUAAUUAAAAAUAAUUUUUCAUGACAUCCAAAUUGAAAUUUUGGAUACUGAAAAAAGUACUGAUAAAAACUUUUGUGUCUUCAUACUUUUGUAUGUAGAUAAAAUACAAAUUACAUAUUAUCUACAUGUUGUUGAACUUAAUUUUCUCUUUUAUAACUCUAUGAUUAAAAAAUAAUUUACCUUUCUUUGUUGUUUAUAUGGACCAUUGCUUAUUGUAGGUUUCCAAAUGACAUUUUAUUAUCCUUAGUACAUUUAAUUCUAAUUCGUUCCUUAGAGGUAUAUUUCAACUGCCAACCGAUUGUGAAUCGUGUGUAUCUUUUGUGUAUCGUCGAUGUAAUUAGUUUAGUUACUGCUUAUGUACCUGAAUGGUAGGUUAUUAGAUUUAUUAUAUACCUUUUUUAAUAUUGUGUUUAUUAUAAAAGUUACAAAUAUGUUAAUAUUACGUAAUUUAGUUAAGAGUAAAUGUGUUACCUCUUUAAAAAAA